AUGCUGGGCAUCCUCGUUGCCGUGACUGCACUAUGGCUUCAAGCAGCCUUGGGCCAGAGCUCAGGUUCGUGCCAGGCUGUAACUCAACACCUCCGUGAUCCACCUUACGACAACUACUUUUACUCGGACUGCCACAGCGACUCACAGGUCGUUGUUACCAGUCCGCUCCCAGAUUCGAAUCUAUCCAUCAUUGGACCCAGACUCAUUGUGGCAUGGCCCGCCGGUAACAGUGGCAUCUGCACAUUUUUCCAGCCUCAAAAUGGCCGGAAUGGCUCCCUUGGCAUCGAAUUGGUCAAUUCAACCAUGGGGAAACCGCUAGGACCAGUCUACAAGACCGUGCAAGGCUCCAAGUACCCUUAUGUUGGAGUCGAGGGAGUCCUUUCAUUCAACAGCUCCGCAACCUUGACCAUUCCGAUCCUGGGCAGCAUUCGUACGAUUCGAGACUUCACAGAAGGUCCGAGUCUUCUUCGGCCCACUAUUCAAGAUGCUAUCAAUGUGACAAUGGCGAACGAGACGGGGGCAACCCUCUCACGACUCUGGCUUGAUAAUGUCACCGUCUCUAGCUUUACUCUGGUACCUUAUCAAAACUCAGGCACCAACAUCACGAUCCACCCGCGCAACAAGACGAUCAGUUUCGGGCCGGGCUUCUACACCUUCUCGGCCAGUUUUAACUACCCACAACUAACGCAGCUUACACCCAAUCAAGUGCUCAACACUGCGUCCCAGAACCUGAUCCAGCAACAACCCGGCCAGACCACCUCCCUGUCUUUCCUGUCUUAUACGGAGAAACUCCUUGCCGGAGCAUGGAGAUUCUUGACAUAUUUUGGCCGAGACAGCAUGAUCAGUGCUCUUCUCCUCGAACCGGUACUGAGUCAAGGCAACGGUUCCGCAACCGAAGCAGUCAUUGGCGCAGUCCUUGAGCGCAUCAACCGCACAGAUGGAUCUGUGUGUCAUGAGGAAACCAUUGGUGACUAUGCUACGUAUCUCAAUCUGCAAAACAACAUGACCAGCACUGCCCCUGGAUUUACCUACCCCAUGAUAGACACAGACUACUACCUACCGGUCCUGAUGGCGCAAUAUUUCAACAACAACCCAUCACGCGUUGCUCCGCUCCUGAGCCGCAAAGCUGGCUCCAUCGACGUCCAAAAUCGCAAUCUUACCUACGCCAACCUGACCCUCAUCAACGCCGGGAAGAUCAUGAACCAGACAGCAGCAUUCGCAAAGAAUCAAACGGUGGCGAACCUGAUCCAUCUCAAGCCCGAUGAAAUCGUCGGCCAAUGGCGCGACUCAACCUACGGUAUCGGGGGCGGCCGGAUCCCUUUCGAUGUCAACACCGCCCUCGUCCCUGCGGCGCUUCGCGCAAUAGGCCAACUCGCACGCAUACCCGGCGUCUUUCCCAACAACACCAGCGUCAACGUCAGUGCAUGGCGCACGCUCGCCGACACCCGCGCUCAGAUCUGGGAAGAACACACCCUGCGCUUCUUCGAGCGCAACAUCACGGCCUCGACUGCGCGGAACCGUCUCCAGUAUUUCGUCAACACGGCGACAUUCUACGACGGUCCGACGAACGCCUCAUCCCUGCCGCAGUCCGGCAAUGUCACAAGCUAUGCGAUUGCCCUGAAUGGUUACAACCAUUUAUCUUCAGUCGACGUUAUGCACAGCGACGCCGCCUUCCGCGUGUUCUUCGUCAACGCAUCGUCAUCGUCCUCCGAAGCCCAGGCCCAAGAGACGCGCUUCAUCAACGCCACAGCAAAUAGCCUGGUCCGCUCGUUUCCCGCCGGCUUGAUGACGCCACAGAGCAUGGUCGUCGCGAACCCGGCCCUGUCAGGCUCGGACGUGCUGAUCGCCAACUUCACAAAUUCCGCCUACCACGGCACCGUGGUCUGGUCGUUCCAGCUCGCCAUGAUGGCGCGGGGCUUGGAACGGCAGCUCGGCCGUUGUAACGUGACCACGGAUGGUGGUGGUGGUGGUGGUGGCGCGACGAAGAAUAGUACUAGUACUAGUCCUCCUCCGGCCUGGUGCGGGAUGUCCAACGUCUACGGGAACGUCAGGAAAGCGUAUAAUGUGCUCUGGGACAGCAUCGAGGCCAACUCGGCGCAACUGCAGGGCGAAGUGUGGAGUUGGACGUAUAGCAACGCCACUGGAUUCGUCACCACGCCGCUGGGCGCUUUGCCGCCUCCGCCGGGCGUGAGCUCGGGAACGGAGAGUGACGUUAGACAGCUUUGGAGUCUGACGUUCUUGGCUGUGAAGAGGGAUAAGAAUUUGAGCUAGCACCAUGUACAGUCGAUACAGGGGUCAACCGAAGGGGUGGUGCGAGUAGUGUGGUACUGGUACUAGUGGGAGGAAUGUCCCAGAGGAAUGCGCUGGGCGAGUUAUGCAAUAGGAUAUACUGUCAUCGUUGUGUGGUUGUGAGGGACAGACUGGGCAUAGUCUUCGUCAGCCAGCCAUGAACAUGAAAAGUACUAUAAUU